CCCCUGGCGCUGCGCGUCUUCACCGGGGGAGACUCUUCAUUCGUGUGCAGUCACUUCUGUGGGAACCGUCCGGCUGAGAGCAGAGCACGCUCCACAAACACAAACAUGGCCUCGCCAAGGACAAUAACUAUUGUAGCUCUGUCUUUUGCACUCGGCUUGUUCUUCGUGUUCAUGGGAACCAUCAAGCUCACGCCGAGACUUAGCAAAGACGCGUACAGUGAGAUGAAAAGAGCAUAUAAGAGCUAUGCCAAGGCAUUGCCAGGCCUGAAAAAGAUUGGGAUCAGCUCAGUCCUACUGCGUAAGAUCAUUGGCUCUCUGGAGGUGGGCUGCGGCGUGGUGCUCACCCUUGUCCCGGGCAGACCAAAGGAUGUGGCCAACUUUCUGCUGCUGCUGGUCAUGCUGGCUGUCCUGUUCUUCCACCAGCUAGUAGGAGACCCCCUGAAGCGGUAUGCCCACGCUCUAGUCUUUGGUAUUCUGCUCACCUGCCGAUUGCUUAUUGCCCGUCAGGGUGAUGAGCGGCCAGAGCGAGAGGACAGCAGAGAGGAACAGCACAUUAAUGAUCAGGAAAAGAACAAGGUCAAGCAGUCUUAAGAUCUUCUUCCACUUUGGUCUAAGACACAGCAAAGGGAACCUGGUGCACCUCUAUGGAUUGUAGUAAUUCAAAUUUUGAAGGAAGCAGUCACUCACAGUAAUAACAGCCCUCACACGUCCCUCUCCUCAUCCAGCGGGUGGACUGAAAACUCUCACCUUCUCCUCUACACUCUUAAUGUGAAACUGAGAACUCCUGAUCCAUAAAUCCUCUACAUAACUGUGGACAAUCGUACCUGUGAAAACACCAAUGAGCUCAGCUCAUUUUAAUAAUAGUCCAUCCAUUUUCCCCUGUUUAUUCUAGUCUUACACUGUUUAAAAUGUUUGUUUUGAUAUUGGUUGAAUUUGUUUUAUGUUGCAUGUUGAGCUGAGAAUGCUGUUUUUCAUGAAAGGGUCUCCGUCGCUUGUUUUUCUAAUUUGUUUUUAUACUGUAAGUAAGACAGACUGAUGAGUUAUGAAUUUCGAUAUUACAAGCAUGCUUCAUUUGGUCGAGACAAUAACACAUAAACCAAAAAGAGCAUUAUUUAAACGUUUUGUACUAAUCUUACAUUGACAUGUAUUACAUAUCCACAGUGUUAACAGAAGGCUAUUGCUAAAUAUGUACUUUUCAUCUCAGUAAAGUUUUUGAGUACACAUGAAAUAAGUUGAAUCCCCCCUGGUUCUGUUUCCUCACUGAAGUUGUUUAUCUGUCAAGGACACAAGUUGUUGCCUCACGUCUGCUGCUAGCUUGUGCAGCAGAAGCUAUCCAAAUAAUAAUUUUGCCUGUUAAAAUGUGAAUUUUGUCUUUUUUUUUUAUUUGCAUUUUACUAUAUGUAUAUUAAUAUACUGUCUCCCAACGGGUCUGCUCAUCUGUUUUGUUUUCUGGAGAAAAAAAAAGAAGGUCAUUCCUUUUUAAAAAGUCUUGCUUUAGGAAUAAAAUGCUGUCAUUUGAAAUUCAUAAUAUUUCUGUAAGUGAUACACUUGAAAUAAAGAAUUGGAGGUAA